CUUGAGUUAAAACAUCCUAAUUAUCUUGAAGAAGAAGAAACAAACCCUACCCCAAUUCAGCAAGAUGCAGACCGCUUAAAAUAUCCUUCUCAGCACAACCAUCUUUCAAUCACCCUUAACAUACGCUGCGGCUUCGGGCUUUCAUUUUCAUCUGUAUCAUGGAGGAGGUUACAGAAGGAGUUAACAACAUCAACUUGAGCACAGAUUCAAUCAAGAGGAAUCGGAUUCAAGUCUCAAACACUAAGAAGCCCCUGUUUUUUUACGUUAAUCUCGCUAAGAGAUACAUGCAGCAGCACAAUGAGGUGGAACUCUCCGCCCUUGGAAUGGCCAUUGCCACAGUUGUCACUGUUGCGGAAAUUCUGAAAAACAAUGGUUUGGCUGUUGAGAAGAGUAUGAUUAUCUGUUUCCCUAUAUUGUACAUAUUCUUAGUCCAGCUAUCAAAUCUUGAUUUCUGUACUUAUUGGCAUGAACUCUUUGCAGAGAUCAUGACCUCAACAGUUGAUAUGAGGGAUGAAUCAAGAGUGCGAUCUGUCCAAAAAGCCAAGAUUGAGAUAGUUCUGGAGAAGACUGCAAAUUUCGAUGAACUCAUGGCAGCUGCUGCUGACGAGGCGGAAGCUAGAGAUGCUGAAGAGCAGAGUUGAAAGGCAGUUAUGUAUUAGUAUCUGGUUUGCUUUGGUUUUAAUGCUCUAGUGCCAUUGAAGGCACAUGAUUUGGUUAGUUUCUUGGUUGUGGGGUAUUUUAGGUAUUGUGGUCCCGAUUAGUUUGGUUAUUAUGAUGAUUUAUCUUAAGCACCUAGAAACACCAUAUGUUUACUACUUAAAAUUCAAUUAUAUUUAGUGAUUCUUUUUUCUA